CGUGUGUAUUUUGUUAUUAAAAAGAGGUACGAGGCAUCCAAGUAGUGGUGCUUGGAGGUGGCUCAUUUGGUACAGCUAUGGCCGCUCAUGUUGCAAAUAGAAAAGAAAAAAUGGAAGUCAGUAUGCUCGUGCGUGAUCCUCAUGUUUGUCAAUCUUUUAAUCGAAACCAUCUCAAUUGUAAAUACUUUCCAAAUCAUAAGCUACCAGAAAAUUUUGUUGCCACAACUGAUGCCAAAUCUGCUCUGCAAGGUGCUGAUUUCUGCCUUCAUGCUGUGCCAGUGCAGGUCGAGGAAGUAUGAAGCCCGUGAGCUGAAUUAUUUUGUUGAAGCCUAUUUUCUUCCUGGGGCGAAAUAUCUUUGUGAUUCCAUUUUAGUUCUGCUCCAAUUUUUACUCGUAAGUGCAAUGAACAUAUUAAUACAGUUACCAGCUUAAUUAGAGAGAAACUCAGGAACCUACGGCGAUGUAUACAUCAAAUUUAAAGUAGAAGACAUUGCAGAGUUUUAUAUUGUUGAACUAUCCAAUUGUAUAUUCCAUUUAUGUAUCAUUUAAAUAAAAGAUUCUUAAAUAAUAGUUGCAAUGCAAUGAUAAAUCUUUUGGAUUAGUUUACUGCAAA